AUGUCUCACUCGUAUACCUUUGACUAUCCCUCCGGAUCUGCCAUGCAGCCAGAGGUGAUCCGCUUCUUCCAGGACUUCUACCAGCUUUCCGACACUCCGGACGGCGACGACUUGUACCCGACCAGGUUUACUGAGGAUGCAACGUUCAUUCUGGCAUCGCGCGUGAGCCGGGGACGGGCUGGUAAGCCUGGAAUCACACCGGGAGGAAACGGUAGCUGA